GCACCACCACCUCCGUGCUGCACUCUGUUUCAGCUCAAGUCAUAGCCUCGAGUCUCCAAUUCCGUGCGACGUAUUCAUCGAUGCGCCAUCCUUCACGUUUCAGCACGCCUGCGCGCCCGCCGUUGCCCUGCGUCAGCUUUGGUCGCCGCCAUGUUUCCCGUGAAGCGCUGGGACGGCCUUCACGAGGCCCUCCCCUCGUCCUACCUCCUCGACUCCACUCCGCCGCUCAAACCUCCGCCCGCCAUUCCGCGCACACCCGCUUCCGCCCCGGCGAUCCCCGCGCUGAGCAAAGUUGAGACGGUUAGCGGCGGCGGGGGUAGGAAUGAAAAUGUUGCUGCGGAGAUUGCGGGAGGAAGCGUUAGUGACACGAAAAAGAAGGAUGCAUCUGCGGGACCUGAUCAGGAUGGCGCUGGUGCGAGGGCGCUUCAGGCACCAGCGCCCAUGGCUGAGCGUGCUGACGUGGGCCACGUUAAGUCUGACGCUGCUGACAUGGCGUCGCCCGCUGCCCCAGGGCAUGAAGCGACGGACGGCACAGCGGCUCGCAGGAAACGAAGAAAAGGCGAAUUGCGACGCGCAGAAGAGGCGCAUGCGACAAUUUCAGGAGAGUUACACGAUGUCGCACAUGCUGUGGCGAAUGACAAGGCAGGAGAUGAACUACGCGGCGAGGGUUCAGGGCUCGCAGCAAACACAGGGUUUAGGGUUGCAACUGGGAAGUCGGCUGACGAGGCUCCAGGAACCAGUGGGAAGGAGAAGAGGAGGAAACGAAGGCAGGAGGAUGUGGGGGGUUUUGCACUGGAGAAUGCGAGCAAUGCCUCGGUGCAGAGCGAUCUCUUGUUGGGAGAAGAUCAGACUGUGGAGGAAGAUGCGGAGAGGGAGAGGGUAGGAGGGGGAGACAGGGAAGGGAACGAUGAUGAUGCUGCUGCUGCUGCUAGUGCGGAGGCAAAGCUGAAGUGCUCCACAGCUGAUGCCAUUCCUCUUCCCUCGGUGCCGAACCUAGACAAGCGCCUCCUGCACGCCCUCGCUCCGGCCGGCAUUUCUUAUCUCUUUCCCGUGCAAGCCACCGUGUGGCGCGAGCUGCUGGGGUUACCUGGUAACCACCCCCACUCCCAUGCCCAUGCAAGGGGGGAGGAGCAGGAGGUGGAGGGGUUGCGGGCGGCGUCGCACGACUUGUGUGUGUGUGCGCCGACCGGGAGUGGCAAGACACUGGCGUAUGCGCUGCCCGUGGUACAGGCCCUGGCGGGGCGGGUGGUGCGGCGCGUGCGAGCACUGGUGGUGCUGCCCACCAGAGACCUUGCUGCUCAGGUGAAGCACGUGUUUGACACCAUCGCGCCAGCUGUCGGCCUCUCAGUGGCUCUCAUCAACGGCCAAUCGUCGCUCGCUGACGAGGCAACGCACCUCGUGCUGCACCCCGCCACCCCCUCUGGUCCCCUCGGGCUCCUCAGUAGCUUCAGCUACAGCCGUGGGCUCAGCAGCAAUGAUGGGGGCGGCGGCUGUAGCGGGGCGGAUAUCGUGGUGGCGACGCCUGGGCGGCUGGUGGACCACCUGCGGGGCACGGAGGGCUUCUCCCUGGCGCACCUGCAGUUCCUGGUGGUGGACGAGGCGGAUCGCCUGCUGCGCCAGUCCUACCACGACUGGCUGCCGCUCACCCUUGCUGCUGCUGCGGCUGUGGUUGGCAGCGCUGGCGGUGCGGCCACGUCAGCAGUGCAUGCUGACGUGGCCAUGAGCAUGCCGCUUGUGGGCGCCAUGCAUGGUCAUGGAGUCACGUGCGGUGCCCUCCCCCAUCCCUUCAUCCAUGGCUUAAGAUCCGACUCCCCCCUCUCCUUGCUCGCCGUGCCCAACGUGGAGCGCCAUCGGGUCAUCAAGCUCGUGUGCUCCGCCACACUCACUCGCGACCCCUCCAAGAUCCAACGGCUCCGAUUGCACCGCCCGCUCUUCAUCUCAUCUGCCUCCCACCUGCUCGCCUCUGCCAUGCUCCGCCACGUGGCAGCAGGGGGCACGCACCCCGCUGGGACCACUGCUGACGUGGAUGCUGCCGAUGCAGAUGCUGAAAUGGAGGAUGGUGAUGUGGCUACUCUAGGAAAGGGUGGAAUGGAAGAUGAGGGGAGGGAGGAAGAGGGAGAGGAGGAGGGAGGUGUGAGGCACUAUCACCUGCCUCCUCAAUUGGCCACAUCUAUGCUGGUGUGUCCGCGUGCCAGCGACAAGCCGCUGCUGCUGGCGGCUCUGCUCAGGCAGCUCACAGCAGGGGAGGGAGCGGGGGGAGGGGGGACGGAGGAGGCUGGAAUCAUCACGGCUGGUGGCGCAAGAGGGGCAGUGGGCGCUGUGCGCUUGACGCUGGUGUUUGCGUCGUCGCUGCAGGCGGCGCACCGCCUCUUCCUGCUGCUCUCCUCCUUCCCGCCCGCCUCGCUGCCCUUCGCCUUUGCUGAGUUCUCCUCUCGCCAGCCGCAGAGGCAGCGCAGUGCCAUUCUGGACAAGUUCCGGAGGGGAGAGGUGCAGGUGCUGGUGGCCAGUGACGCCAUGACACGUGGCAUGGACGUUGAGGGCGUAUUCAACGUCGUCAGCUACGACGCCCCCGUCUACCCGAAAACUUUUGUGCAUCGGGCAGGCCGAACUGCCCGGGCAGGCAGGCCAGGGCACUGCUACACCAUUCUAAGGAAGCAAGAGGUGCGGCACUUCAAGGCGGUGCUGGCUAAGGUGGGCUGUGCGGACUGCACUCAGGGCAAGGCGCCUACGGACCUCAUGGAGGGGCUCAGGGAGCACUACAGUGCUGCUUUGGAGAAGCUCAAGGCGGUGGUGGGGGAGGAGGAGCGCAGGGGCAAGUGACAUAAUCAGCUGCUCUGGUUACCAGGCCAACAGUAGAUGAGAUUUGUGUUCACAUCAAGUUGAUAUUAUUCUUUGCCCUUCAGUUCAAGU